AUGCCACCCCUUCUAUCCUGGGCCCUCCUAGCUCGUAUCUCAACUGCGGCGCUUCUGGCCCGGCCCCGGGGGAAUCAGCAGUACCUCGACAGCCGCCCGCUUGAAACCGGCCACCCCAACCCGAAUCGCAUCGAUAGGUGGGCGCCGACGACCACAGCUCCAUCCACUACUAAGCCCCUAGGUAUUCUGAGCGAAAUUCGCCUGAGCCAAAGUACCGGAACCAACUCGUGGCUGAACUCGAAAACAUGCGGCUGGUUCACGGGCCACCCGUCCUCUCCCUUUACCUGCGACGAUGGGUGGACAUGCUCGACCGACACGAACUACGUGGUGGGAUGCACUACGACCAACUACUUCCCCUCGUUUGCCAUCUGCUAUGACUACGAAGCUCAGCGCUCGGGGAGGUGUUCCAGCCUUGGUGCCCUCACCGGCUGCUGCUCCUUCAGCGACUACCCAGCCUGCGGCACAUUCCUCUGGGUCGAGUCGACGCCGCGCUCCAUGCUGCGCUGCAUGACCAGCACCUCCAUCGUCUCCAUCAAUGACCGUCCCCAGUUCGUCGUAGAUGCUGAAAUCACCGUCACUGCCUCCACUUCAUCUUCAAAAGCCACCACAAGCGAUGUAGUGCCGCUCUCGACCGUCCCCAGCAGCUCUGACAACAACAACAACGGCGGCGGUGGCGGUGGUAUUCACCUCGGAGCCCUCGCCGGCGCCAUUGGCGGAGUCGUAGCCAUCGUCUUCGUCCUGCUGCUCGCCCUCUUUUGCUACUACAGGAAGCGCGGCCCCGGCGACCGCCGCCGCCCGCACAUCAGCGCGCCCAUCCCAAUGACGGACCUGCCCGCGGCCGUCCUCGCGCGGCAGGAGCCCGCCCCGCCCCGGGACCCCACGACGGGGGAGCUGCUCCGCGGGGGUCCCGACCCCUACGUCUGGGCGCGGACCCGCGCCCGGUCGCCGUCUCCGGACGGCGUGCCGCGUGAGAUUCCGGAGCGGAGCCCGUACAGGCCCCACUUGCAGGCGGCCGGCGCGGCUGUGGACCGGAAGGCGUAGGUUGGGCCUGGGGCUAUAGUGGUAAAACCAAGACGUAGGGCCACACCGAGCAGAGUGUUUGGGGUCGUGUCUACUCACUCCUAGAAAGACUCGUGGGGGCCGGAUGGAUAGAUGGAA